UCCGGUUCUAGAUCUCAAAGGUAAACGAUUCUCGCAAUUUCUUUCGUAACAGAAGCCCAAAUUCGUCAGUUGGAUUUUUUUAGAGAGAAAAUAAACCGAGAGCGGUCUUUUAGUGAGAGAAAGUUCGUAUUAAAGAGACUUGUGGAGUCUUUGUUCGUGCGAUGCGUGGAGGACAGGUGACACGGCAGAAAUGGCGAGAUCAUAUAGCUCUUCUACAUUCUUCAAAUGGCAGAUCGUGAAGCUUCUCUGCUGCUAUAAACCCUAACUGCUUGAUUCUAUUAGUCUGCUCUAUCUUCAUCUUUUUUCUCUAUUACACACUCGAGAGAACUAAUCUUUCGAUUCUGUACAUACUCAGGUUCCAAUUCUCUUUCUGAAUCACUCGCAUUGUUACACCUGCAUUGUUCUUCGAUUCUCUCUGUCUUUAUCUUUCUGCGUUUCUCUUGCUUUGGAAUGGCGGAGGUGGCAAAACUGCUGUAUAUAGUGGUGGUGGACGAGGAGGAGAGGAACGAGAAAGGGAAAGAUUCAUUCCGAUAUACGCGUCCGGUUUUGCAGAGCUCUCUGCAACUCAUGGGAUGUAAAGCGCGUCACGCUUUCAAGAUUAGCCAAAGGGUUUUUGAGCUGAUGAGAAAUGAACCUUCAGGUGAUGCUCUACUUCCUGAAGAAGUGGAAGUAAGUGGGGUUGAUGUUUCAAAAGGAAAUGGGCAGAAGGAAUAUGGAAGCAGGAGUUCAUUUGAAUUGUACAAAAGGCGUACAACUGUAAUGGUUAGAAGAGAGGCUUUCUUAAAUGUUGUUUGCGAUUCUCUGACUGAAUAUAAGUAUGUGGGUCCUAACCAGAGGGCAGACUUAGUUUUGGCAUGCAGAAUUCGAGAAAGGAAGGAAUCUGUAACUGUGCUAUUGUGUGGUACUAGUGGCUGUGGCAAAUCUACUUUGUCUGCAUUGCUGGGUAGUAGACUAGGAGUUACAACAGUAAUUUCUACUGACUCUAUUCGGCACAUGAUGAGGAGUUUUGUUGAUGAGAAGCAAAAUCCACUGCUCUGGGCUUCAACAUACCAUGCAGGGGAAUUUUUGGAUCCUAAGGCAGUUGCAGAAGCCAAGGCUAAAAAAAAGGCAAAAAAAUUGGCUGGUAUUAUAAACUCAUAUUCCAACGAUGAAGUAUCUGAUGGUUCAUCCUUGGUGAAAUCAGAUAGUCAAGCAGUGGAUAUGAGUUCUGGUGUUACUGAGUAUAUUAGUCCUAAACAAAUGGCAGUUGAAGGAUUCAAGGCACAGAGUGAGAUGGUGAUCGACAGUCUUGAUCGUCUAAUAACUGCAUGGGAAGAGAGGAAAGAAUCAGUGGUUGUUGAAGGUGUUCACUUAAGCCUUAAUUUUGUGAUGGGGCUUAUGAAGAAACAUCCUUCAAUUAUACCAUUCAUGAUAUACAUUACAAAUGAAGACAAACACUUGGAACGAUUUGCUGUUCGUGCCAAGUAUAUGACAUUGGACCCAGCUAAAAACAAAUAUGUGAAAUACAUUCGGAACAUCAGAACAAUCCAAGAUUAUCUUUGCAAACGGGCUGAUAAACAUCUUGUCCCCAAAAUCAACAACACAAAUGUUGACAAGAGUGUAGCAGCCAUCCAUGCAACAGUUUUCAGCUGCCUUCGCAGGCGUGAGGCAGGGGAGCCACUUUAUGAUCCUGCCACAAACACAGUGACUGUUGUUGAUGAGGAGUACAGGAACCAGUGUGCUGCCAAUUCAAUGAGCUCUAAAGGGAUGUUUCAACUUAUCCAGAGGAAAGGUUCUUCUAGGCAUUUGAUGGCCCUUGUUAAUACUGAUGGGUCUGUGGCAAAGGCAUGGCCUGUUGAUUCAGUGGAUCUUAGUGGGAAGUCUGUAAUGGGUUAUGGGACCGACAAUGGAAGAGGGAUCCCUAUGUAUGGACCAUUACAGGUUGGUAAGGCUGAACCAGUUAAUCUUCAGUUUGGCCACUUCGGAAUCAGCGCUUGGCCCAGUGAUGGUGGUACCAGUCAUGCUGGAAGUGUUGAUGAGUCAAGGGCGGACUGGACUGAUACUGGAAGUAAAUAUCACUCUUCUUGUUGUAGCUCACCUCGGAUGUCUGAUGGACCUGCGAAGGAGCUCAAGGAGGAACAUUCAGUGCAUGGCAGUGACGAAGAAGUAGAUGAUCCACCAGAGGUGGAUAGUGAUGAGGAUUAUAGUGAUGAUGGUGAUAAACAUGUCCAUGAAGAGAUUGGCUCAGUUGAUGAGGAGUCCACAAAAUCUGAUGAGGAGUACGAUGAUCUAGCAAUGCAGGAUGUGCUACAGAAUGGGUAUUGUUCAGAUGACGAUGAGGAGUCCAAAGAUAAGGUUCUGCCUAUUACUGUUAAUAAGGCAAACCCGUUGAAAGGCGAUAAAUAUAUGCAGAAUCUAGACCGGUUCCUUAGAACUAGAAGUGAGCCACUGGGUGAGCCAUUAUGCUCGUUUUACUCUUCUCUGCUCGUGGAAAAGGGAGGAAGAAGAUUGUCAAACGCUGGUAGUGUUAAAACCAGAAAACGCUCCCUCAGCAUUCCAGCCAUGGGAAAACAUGGGUCCGUGGCUAGUGGCCCAAUACUAUCUGGAACUCCACAGAGGUAGUAGAUCAAUUUUGUGCCAACUUCUAGUUUUCCACCCAUUUUAUUUUGCCUCCUAACUUUGUAGCUGAGAGUGAUCUGGCGAUUGCCCAUCAUUGUCUAUAGUAAUGCGAGGUACUAUUGUAAGAUUUGGAAUGACUUCGAUUUAUUUUCUGUGUAAGCAAUCAAGCCAAAUGGAAAUGGUUCUAAUAAAUUAUAAAACAGCUGUGCUUUUGUGA